UAGGAUUCUGGGUAUUUGUUCUAUAUUUGCAAUAUAUUUAGAACAGUAAAUAUUUAGUACAGUAAAUCUAUUUAUAUCUGCACCUUAUUGCUCUUUUAUGCUGCACUACAACGAGCUAAUGCAACAAAAUUGUGUUCUUAUCUGUACUGUAAAGUUGAAAUUGGAAUGACAAUAAAGGAAGUCUAAGUCUAAGAUGGAGCAUAAUGACCCGAGCUAGUUCCUGGUUCAUAGAGAAUGAUAACAUAAGAUGUUUCCUGGUUGGUGGAAGAUGGUGACCUGGGCUACUUUCUGGUUCAUAGAGGAUGUUAGACAACAAUGUACCAUUUGUUUAUUUUCAGAUAGCAAAUGUCCUACGUGACUCAAAUCUGAUCGAGAGCGAGAAAAUCAUGUUGCGGCACAUUCACGUUACUUUUGUUCUCCUGCUCUGACCCACAAUCUCCAACAAAAGCAUGACGAUCAGGGAUUUGCAUUUGUGUGUGUGUUUUUAGUUAGCAGGCUACUUUUGCAAAGUCCCUACGGUAUGUCGAAGUUUUGACACAUAUGCAGAGGUUGUUUUUAUUUUUAAGAAAGAAAAUGCUGGAAGGCCCACAAGGAGCGAUCCAGACUGACUGGUCGGACUGGUAAGGCUGGGAGGGGGAGUGGCUGGCCAGGUGCGGUGCAACACCCUCCAAAUACCUGCAGAGGACCGACCGAGGACUGUUGACGGGGAAGUACGGCCGGAACAUCACAUUUCAAUCAAGUGGAGUACAAAUUCAAGGAGCCGUGCUGAGAGUGACUUCCACUCAACAACAGAAGAAUUCGGCAUGCAGAGGGGACAGAUGGAGCUCAAAAGGGAGGCGGACGUCCCCAAGAUUGAACUCUUUGUCAAGGCCAGCAGCGACGCUGAGAGCGUAGGAAAUUGUCCUUUCUGCCAGAGACUCUUCAUGAUCCUCUGGUUGAAGGGAGCCAAGUUCAAGCUCACCACCGUGGACAUGAAGCGAGCGCCGGACGUGCUGAAGGACUUGGCUCCGGGCUCUCAGCCUCCGUUCCUGCUCUUCAACGACGAAGUCAAGACGGACACCAACAAGAUCGAGGAGUUCCUGGAGGAGAAGUUGGCGCCUCCCAAGUACGCCAAACUGGGCUGUCGCUACAAGGAGUCCACCUGCAUCGGAGAGGACAUCUUCCGCAAGUUCUCGGCGUACAUCAAGAACGCCAACCCGGGAUUGAACAACAUGCUGGAAAAGAAAUUCCUGUCCACCCUGGUGAAACUCAACAUGUACUUUGAGACGCCGCUCCCUCACGAGCUGGACCGGAACCCCAACGUCACAGAGUCCCGUCGUCCCUACCUGGACGGGGACACGCUCACCUUGGCGGACUGCAACCUGCUUCCCAAACUCAACAUCAUCAAGGUGGUGUGUAAGGAGUACCGCAACCUGGACAUCCCUGCGGAGCUGAAGGGCCUCAAACGUUACCUGGACAACGCCUACAGUAAAGACGAGUUUCGCUUCAGCUGCCCAAAAGACGAAGAGAUCCUCAUCGCGUACGAGUCCGUGGCAAAGUAUUUGAAACCCAAAUAGAUGCACGGACAAAUAUUUGAGGUGUACAGACACGUGGUGAAGUAUCUUAGAUUUGUGUUUACUGCAUUGACUUGCUGGAUCAUGUGCUUUUGUUUCUGCGGAUUCUUAUUCAAUCCUUUCAAAGAAUAUUCACGUCCAGUGCCUCUGUGCAUUAUGUAUUAUUAUUAUUAUUAUUAUUAUUGUUAUGUUUUUUGUAUGCGUCGACUUGAUAUAAGCUGCAAUGAAGGAAUAACAUGUGUCUGGAAGUCUCAUUUUCUUCGUAACAUCAGUAUGUGCUCAUGGUUUCCCUGCAUAUGUUUAUGUUUAUGUACAAAUAGAAGAGACAGUAAUACCUCUUAGUCGGAAAAUAGCCUCUCUUAGUUGUCUGGCAGAGUAAGUGGAACAAAUACUUUGUAUUCCUGCAUGUAUAUUUACCUUAUAACAUUAAUAAAAAUGAAAUGCCAAAAAACCCUGGAUUGACUUUUACGAAUAGAAGUAAUAUUCAAAUGUUCCAAUUUUGCGAUGAGGCAAAUAUUUUCCCUCAUGGCUUCAAAAAAGCUAGCAAGAGAAAUAAUUCACCAUUAUUUUGUGUAUAUAUUACUUAUGUG